AUGAACAAUCAAGUUGAAUAUGAAAAUUUCAUAAGAUUUAGAGUAUCAACAGGUGAUUCUCUGUUGAAUAUCUAUAGUAUUUUGGAAACAAAAGUUCUGCAGAUUCUCUUAUCAUCGCUUUGGAACGAUAUCAAUAAGUUCCCAAGCACCACUUGGCAAUCGAUAGAGUCAACGGUUUAUCUAUUGGGAUGUCUCUCUGAAGGUAUCACCGAUGACAUUUCAUUUAUUCCACAACUCUUCCAAUUGCUAGGUUCACUGCCAAUCCAAUCGACGCCACUCGUUAAAUCAACGAUUGUUUUGGCCGGAAAAUACGCCAAUCUCCUCGAAAAGAGCACACAAUUCCUCAUCAAGUUGGUCGGUGACUUUAUACCGGCUUUUUCGAAUCCAGAGCUUGCCAACGUUGCCUCUGAUUCUUUUCUCUCGAUCUCUAGAAACAAAAACUGUGCUCUUUUGCUCUCAACCGAUAUAUCUACAUUGGUAAUGGUUUGCGAACCAAUCAUUUCACAAGAUACUGAAUCAUCUAGAAAGAUAUUAGAAGCAUUACUUGAAAUAGUUGCAGUACUCUCUCAAGAUGAAAUUCUAAAUUAUAUUUCGAAAUUGAUAUCACCAUACUUGAAUUUCCUCAAGCAAUACCAACCAAACUCCAAGACAUCCAAAGCAACACUUUUAAACACAAUCACAAUCUUUUCAAAACUCUUUAAGAUAUUCGAAAUCGAGGAAUACGAAAUCUCCUUGGAAAAAGAAUAUAUACAUCCAAUUCUACCCAUUGCUUUGGCCAUCAUUCCAAUCACAGGAAAUAUCUUGAAACUUCAACAACAAGAUAUAGAGAUAAUUGAUCAUAUAAGUUUACUUUAUAAAAGAAUUACAAUAUCUUGUAGUAAGAAUUAUGAACAAUAUAUAUCGAUUAUAUUCAAACAGUUGACAGAAAUCUAUGAAGUUACACCGUUGAAUCAAACUCUAAAUACGCUAUCGAUGGGACUACCUUUGCUUUCUACAAAUCAAAGAUAUGAUUUCCUCACACACUCGAUUAGCUCGAUAUCGGUGACCACCUUCCAAAUCUGGAAGAAUGGCAAUGCCGAUCGAGUCGGAGUGGUCCACACCAACACACUCUACAAUCUCUCUAUCAUCCCUACAAUCACCAAAGAGUAUUUUUCACUAUUGGAACAAUGCAUCAAGUACAAUAUAGUAUCAUUCCCAACAAACCUCUUGGCGCCACUCUUCCAAGUCAUCCUUGAAAACAUUUUAAACAUUCAAGACAAACCAACAAUUAGACCUGUUUGUUCAUUUGUUUCAACAUUAAUAUCUGUUGAACAAAAAGGUAAUCAUUCAAAUUAUAUAAAUUUCAAGACAGAGUUGGAUAGAUUACUUGGUCAACAUGGAGAGAGUCUUAUCAAACAGGUUCUUUAUGCUGUAGGUGGUGGAUCUCCUCGUUCCAUUGCCAUUUAUAUUGCAAACAUUAUAAAUGCAUUAAUUAUCAGUCAUCCCAAUACUUUUAGACCGAUCGCUCUUCGAAUGCUAUCAGUUGAAGGUUUCCCAUCAUCCUACAUCACUUUAGCUCAAAAAGAGAAGUUCGUGGAGAACAUCAUGAGAUACAAAUCGAAACAAACUACUUUUAGAAAGACAAUCGAGGAAUUCUCUAUUAUUUGUAAAGGUUUUACAAACAGAUAG